CCACAUUAUCAACUUAGUCUCUCUCGAUAUCCUCAACUGGCUCCGUCAAAAUGGGGAAAGCAGAAUUUGGUUCAACAAAGUACCUCAGCAAUCGCAUGAAGAGCCGCGGGCUCCAGCGAUUGCGAUGGUACUGUCAGCUCUGUGAAAACCAAAUGCGCGAUGAGAACGGCUUCAAAAUGCACUGCCAGAGCGAAAGCCAUACCCGGAAAGCCCUAGCCGCGGGAGAGAACUUUAAGGCCGUCCAGGAGGACUAUUCGAAGGGCUUCGUGCGCGACUUCAUCCAGCUGCUGAAGACGGGGCACCGAGAGAAGGCGAUCCAUAUAAACAAGUUUUACCAGACCUAUAUCGCCAACAAAGAGGCGAUCCACCUCAACGCCACGAGAUGGAACUCGCUCACAGAAUUCGCAAAGCACCUGGGUCGGGAGGGCCUUUGUCACGUGGAAGAGAAGGACGACGGGAUCUUCAUUGCCUGGAUCGACGACUCGCCCGAGGCUCUAAAGCGCAAGGAGGCUCUUCGGCGCAAGGAACUCCAGGACAGAGGCGACGAGGAGCGAGAGCAGAUGCUCCUGCAAGAGCAGAUCCGCCGGGCGCAAAAGGACGCAGAACUACGGGGCGUUCCGCAAGAUGACGAGGAGCAGGAAGCGCGAGAGCUGGUGCGCCAGGAAGGCGAGAAGAUCAAACUGUCUUUUGGGUCUAAGGCGGCGACUGCGCCAACAAAUCCGGCCCAGCAAGAUUCGGAUAAGGGUACCUUGAAGGACCUGUCGCCCGAAGGAGCGGCGGGGGAGGCGGCCGGGCUCGAUUCCAAGGCCAAAGAAAGCGCCAAGGACACCGAGAAGGCCGCGCCAUCGAAGCCCCUGUCUCUGAAGAUGGCUGUCAAACCGCAGACCAAGAAUGUCUUCAAGAACGCGUUCUCGGGAGGCACCAAGAAGGCCAAGAUCGAGCAGCCCAAGAAGAUGAGUGAGGCGGAGAGGAUUAUGAGGGAAGAGAUUGAGAGGAAACGAGGAAGGGAGGCACGCGGUUUUGGAGGACCGCCGAAAAAGAAACAGAGAACCUGAAUCUGUCCACGGGAGAGCGAUGCUACGAUUAUGAGGCGUUUGGCGUUGGUUAUGUCAUCUAGAGGUACCAGUAACUGCUCGCAUGAUACCAGGUAGAAUUCAAGGAUCCAGGUUUAUUUUCGAAAAUGACGACGUGCGAGAUGACAACUGC